AUGCAUGGACGGGGAUCACGGGCUCCUGCGGCAUGGACCUCCAUCCCCAUGGUGGCCGGCGUGCAGCUGAAGGAGACUCUGUACAAGAAGGCAGAUGGAGAGGGCAUCGCCAGGAUCAGCAUCAACCGCCCCAAGCGGCGCAAUGCCUUCACGCCCCUCACAGUGCACGAGAUGGGGCUGUGCCUCCGUGACGCACAGGACGAUCCAGCUGUCGGCGUCAUCAUCCUCACCGGUGGGAACCGGGCGGCGGCUGGCACCCUGUAUCCCUUUUGUCUCUGCAUUGCGCUGCGGCGCUGCCCAAAACCCGUGGUGGCCUCUGUGGCGGGCUAUGCGGUAGGCGGCGGCCACGUCCUCCACCUCCUCUGCGACCUCAGCAUCGCCGCCGACAACGCGGUCUUUGGCCAGACCGGGCCCAAGGUGGGCUCCUUUGACGCCGGGUACGGUGUCUCCCAUCUGGCCCGCGUGGUGGGCCAGAAGCGCGCGCGUGAGGUCUGGCUGCUGGCGCGCCUCUACCCGGCGCAGACAGCGCUGGAGUGGGGCCUGGUCAACGCCGUGGUGCCCCUGGACCAGCUGGAGGCCGAGACCCUGGCCUGGUGCCGGGAGAUCAUGGCCAACAGCCCGACCGCGCUGCGCGUGCUCAAGUCGGGGCUGAACGCCGACGAGGACGGCGCGGCGGGGAUGGCGCAGAUGGCGGGGGACGCCACGCUGCUCUUCUACCAGACCAAGGAGGCCAAGGAGGGCAAAGUGGCGUUCUUGGAGAAGAGGAAGCCAGACUUCUCCAAGUUCAAGCGAUUCCCAUGA